CAUGCGUUUCAACAUUGCCUGUCUGGUUUUUACUCUAUGUGCCAUAACAUCUACAUCGUAUGCCCAAGGGAACCUGCAGCACUAUGUAAUAUACAAAAACUUUGACACCUUCUUCCGGGAGUGCGGUGAAUACUUCGAAGUUCCCAACUGUACCCUGGACGAAUACGUUGUCAAUGCGUACCCCGAUGAACCGGAAGUUCAAAAACUGAUACACUGCGCCUUGGUAGGCUUUGGAGGCUGGGUGGGUGGCUCAGGCGUCGUGGAGUACGUCAUGUCCAACUUCUUCAAUCCAGCUCCGGAGGACACCUGCUAUGCCGAUCGGACCCGGGAGUGCAUACAGAACGCCCAGCCCCUGUGUGCCAGCAAUGCAACCCUUGCCUACAAAGCCUUCCAGUGUUAUUACCGCCAGUACGGAAACCUCAACCAGACUGCCCAGUUCAUUCCCAACAGCGACCUGGAGCUGCAGGUCUUACUUGAGACUUCGAUCGCUGCAGUAAACGUCCCCAAGGAUGAGCUAGUGAACUACAGCAAUGGCGUCCUCCUGGAUCAACCGCACUUCGCGGAGCUGAUGUACGUUGUCCUUCUUCGCGGAGGUUACUACUACCCUGGCCAGGGCCUUUUCCUGAACAACCUCUACACCCAGUUCGGAAGCUCGGAACUUCUCACACCGGAAACGCAACAGUGCGUGGAUGCUGCCACUGCCGCCUGGGAUGGUCAAUACCAACGGGAUUUGAUCUAUACCUAUUUGGUGAACUGUUUGCAGAAGAUUACGCCAUGGUUGCAAUUGGUGCAGAAUGUGGCAACUUCACUGGUGACUGUUCCGCCUCCACCUUGCCCACAACCAAGCACUACAACCACAACAACUACGACGACGACUAGUACCACUCCGCCACCUCCCAGUACGCCUCCACAGUGUUACAACAUUAGAAACUGAUGGUCAAACGAACAGGGAACUCUC